AGCCGCGGAGCAGGCUGUGGCGGCCGGGGGCGCCAUGGGCUGCGGCGGAGGGGUCUGAGCCCGCCCGGCGGCGCCUCCCACCGCGCUCGGCCCAUGGCGGAGCUGGGUGCCGAGGAGCCCGAUGAGCGGCUGCUGCUCCUUGCGGAGCCGGCGCCUCAGACAGGGCCGCCCUGGCGGGGGCCGCACGUGGUGAAGGCUGCCCCCGGCGCGGCUGUGAGGCUGUGCGGGGAGCUCGGGCUCGAGGAGGAGGGUGAGGAGGACUCGGGGCCCGAGGGCGAUGGAGAGGAUGAGCCUCUCCUGCGGGCGUCGGCCACCGGCCGCGGGCGCCGAGCGGGCGCCGCCUGGGACAAGGAGCCCCGCGCCGCCGCAGGGCAUACAGGACAUACUGCUGAUAUGAAUAUAUUUUUAGAUGAUCCAGAAUUUGCAGAGAUUAUUCUGAGAGCAGAACAAGCUAUAGAGUGUGGAGUUUUUCCAGAAAGAAUCUCUCAAGGAUCCAGCGGGAGUUACUUUGCCAAGGAUCCAAAAGGGAAAAUUAUUGGAGUGUUCAAACCAAAAUCUGAAGAGCCUUAUGGACAUCUAAAUCCAAAAUGGACCAAAUAUUUUCACAAAGUUUGUUGUCCUUGCUGCUUUGGCAGAGGCUGCCUUGUUCCAAAUCAGGGAUACCUCUCUGAAGCUGGUGCCUACCUUGUGGAUGACAAGCUAGGUCUAGGAGUUGUACCUAAAACCAAGGUUGUCUGGCUUGUCAGCGAGACCUUUAAUUACAGUGCAAUAGAUCGUGCAAAGUCAAGAGGAAAAAAAUACGCUUUAGAGAAAGUGCCAAAAGUUGCUAAAAAAUUUAAUCGAAUUGGACUACCUCCUAAGGUUGGCUCCUUCCAGCUGUUUGUUGAAGGAUAUAAGGAAGCUGACUACUGGCUCAGGAAGUUUGAAACUGAUCCUUUACCUGAGAAUACAAGGAAGGAAUUUCAGUCACAGUUUGAAAGAUUGGUUAUCUUGGAUUAUGUCAUCAGAAAUACAGACAGAGGUAACGAUAACUGGUUAGUCAGGUAUGAAAAACAACAUGAUGGACUUGAUCUAUCAGAUAAGGAUAGCCAGUGGACUGUAACUAAGGAAUCUACCAUUAAAAUUGCUGCAAUUGACAAUGGUUUAGCAUUUCCUUUUAAGCAUCCUGAUGAGUGGAGGGCAUAUCCCUUUCACUGGGCUUGGCUUUCUCAAGCAAAAGUUCCUUUCUCUCAGGAGACCAGAGACCUAGUUCUUCCUCGCAUUUCUGAUAUGAACUUCGUACAGGAUCUUUGUGAAGAUCUUUAUGAAUUAUUUAAGACUGAUAAAGGAUUUGACAAGGCUACUUUUGAAAACCAAAUGUCUGUUAUGAGGGGGCAGAUAUUAAACCUUACUCAGGCAUUAAAGGAUGAAAAGAGUCCCAUUCAGCUUGUUCAGAUGCCACGUGUGAUUGUGGAGCGAAGUAGCACUGGAAGUCAGGGCCGAAUUGUUCAGCUGGGUAAUGCGUUCACACAGACCUUUCAUAGCAGGAAACCUUUCUUUUCCUCCUGGUAGCAACAAAAAUGCGUGGGAAGAGUAAGUUUCUCUUGACUUCAGAAAGCUACUUCUGUGUAAAGGCUCUGCAAUACUGUGCUUCUGUUGUAUGCCAAGAGCUCUGACUGCCAACACCUCAGAACUUAAAUUCUAAAGACUUCAGAAAUGUAUUUUGAAUGUAAUAAAAGUUUACAAUUUUUGUGUCAAAAUUGUGAAUUCUUAAGUCAAGGAUGAGAAGAACUUGUCCAUACCGUAUUUUUAUAGGCUAAAUUAAUGUAUUCUGAAUGAUAUUCUAAAUAAGGGAAGAUACACAGUUUGCAUAUGCUGAGAAACUACUUUUGAAUACGACAGGAAUUCUUUUUGUUUCAUAUAAAUGUGAGAACCUGUACACUAUCGACUUCUUUUAUAUGGUCUUUAAAAAACAAACAUUGCAGAACGUUAUCUUUGAUUGUGAAAAUGCUUUUCCCUGGAAUUUCUUCCUGAUAUUUUAAGCUGUUUAUAGAUUUUCAUAGGCUAGUUACUUGAGAAGUCAUGCACUUUAAAUAAAAAAAGGAGGGAGGGGAAAGGGAAAAGGGGGGGGGGGAGGGGGAAGCUUCAAGUAGGUUUUUUGAGCGUUGGGACCAAAAAUAGUUAAACAAUUGAAUUACAGCAAAGUUCAACCCGAGUAAGUAUGCACAGCUCCUACUGUGAUGGAAUAAACGGAGUGUAUGUUUCAGAGGUUGGAAUUUCACCUGUAGCUUUUAGAACUAGUGUAUUUAAGCACAUUAUGGAAAAUUGCGAUAUUUCUUUAUAGAUCCCUCACGACGAAGGAAUUGCAGCACGUUGUUGCAGGUUUGCUUUGCCAUAUGCCUAUAACUGUGUUCAUCAGUAGUCACCAAAGUGGUUCUGCACUAUGAAUGAUGGGAGCACUGAUGUGUUCAGCACGAAACCAGUCUGCCUUCUAGAUUUAUAUGUAAAAACACACAGUUGUUUUUGUUUUUUAUUGGGAAAAAAAAAGAUAAAGACUGUGAUACAUAGAGCACAGAGACUUCUGACCGUGCCCUUAGCAAUGUCAUGCUUAUCUGCCAGUUGCCAUUUGCUUUUAUGCUUAAGUUACGUGGUUUAAGACUUGAUUGUCAUGUUUCUAGAUCUGUGGCUUAUGAAAAAUAUUUUUAUUUUAGUAAUUUUCUGGACAGUUAAGACCAGGAAUGGAAAAAAAAAAAUUGCUGCUUUUAUGAAACCUUCAGUAUUUCAGUCAUUGCUGUAUUUUGUAAUUCUAAGCAAUACUGUGGAACUCAAAAAUAAUAAAAUGCUUGUAUUUUAUAUAAUUUUGAGUGGAUGUAAAUGUUAAUGUAGCAUGUCAGCACUUCACAUGACUAACUGAAACGUUUAAGCCUUAAAUGUUUAAGCUCACUGUAUGGUGUUCAAAAUCGGGUUGAAAUGAACACCUUUAUAAACUUUCCAUGAUUGUUUUUAUCCGAACACUUUAUUUAAAAAAUUCAAGAUGGUGUUUAUGUACCGGACAUACCCGCUGAAGACAAUAAAUGUCAUGGUCUAAACCGCA